GAUCUUCUCGGGAACCACUACCUCAUCGUCACCACCAUAAAUAUCAGCUCUCAGUCACACAACCUCAACAAAAAGUUUUUCCGCUUCCCAUUUUUCAUCGUUUUCAUCGCUUUCUGUAUUUCAAAUCUCGUUUCUCCAAUCAGAUCUCCAGCAAUGGCAAAAGAUCCAGUUCGCGUUCUUGUUACCGGUGCCGCAGGACAAAUUGGAUAUGCUCUUGUUCCCAUGAUUGCCAGAGGAAUCAUGUUGGGUGCCGACCAACCAGUGAUCUUGCACAUGCUUGAUAUUCCACCAGCUGCAGAGGCUUUAAAUGGAGUAAAAAUGGAGUUGGUUGAUGCUGCAUUCCCCCUCCUGAAAGGAGUUGUUGCCACCACUGAUGCUGUUGAGGCAUGCACCGGUGUGAAUGUAGCAGUCAUGGUCGGUGGGUUUCCCAGGAAAGAAGGAAUGGAAAGAAAAGAUGUUAUGUCCAAAAAUGUCUCAAUCUACAAGUCCCAAGCUUCUGCUCUUGAGAAGCAUGCUGCAGCAAACUGCAAGGUCUUGGUUGUUGCUAACCCGGCAAACACCAACGCAUUGAUCUUGAAGGAAUUUGCACCAUCCAUCCCUGAGAAAAACAUUACUUGUUUGACAAGGCUAGACCAUAACAGGGCUCUCGGACAAAUAUCAGAGAAAUUAGGUGUUCAAGUAUCAGAUGUGAAGAAUGUUAUCAUCUGGGGGAACCACUCAUCAACUCAGUACCCUGAUGUCACCCAUGCAACUGUUGGAGGCAAGCCUGUCCCAGAGCUCAUUAAGGAUGAUGAAUGGUUAAAAUCUGGAUUUAUUAGCACUGUGCAACAGCGUGGUGCUGCGAUCAUCAAGGCUAGGAAGCUCUCUAGUGCACUCUCUGCUGCAAGUUCUGCUUGUGACCAUAUUCGCGAUUGGGUCUGUGGAACUCCAGAGGGAACUUGGGUUUCAAUGGGUGUGUACUCUGAUGGGUCAUACAAUGUUCCAGCUGGGCUUAUUUACUCCUUCCCAGUUACUUGCCGCAACGGAGAAUGGACAAUAGUUCAAGAUCUUUCAAUUGACGAGUUCUCAAGGAAGAAGCUGGACUUGACAGCAGAAGAGCUGAGCGAAGAAAAGGCUCUUGCAUACUCUUGUCUGUCGUAAAUCAUCCACAAACUGUGUUUGUGAUAGUGAUGUGCUGCUAAAUGCUCAUACUAUUUGAAAUAACACCAUCAUUGAUGAUGGUAAGAAGCUGGUAGUAGAUUUGAUUCUGUUGUUUGUAUCAGAGAACUUGAAUUUUUGUGAUUGCCAUACUCACAUGAGACUGACAAUCUUGAUGCAAAUUUAUACCUUGUUGUAUGGUAGACAUUUUUGUUUUGUGCU